AUCCUAGCCCACUUGGCUCCUCCUCCUUCCAACCUCUCUUAAGAACUGUACACUUUCAGCUGUCACCGAGGGUAACUCAGAUGAGGCUUAGAAAUCACUUGAUUUAACUCAGCAGCACUUUUUUUUCCCUUUGUGUGUGUGUUACUCUAGCAGUCUUCUCGGACUACUGGAAGCAUUGGAUUUCAUGUCAGCAGGAGGAAUCAAAAACUGCCAAAACUGUAAUCUGUUAGCAACAGUUAAUUUGUAGAAUUUUACACUUUAAGGGGUAAAAAUUCCAAUUUGCUUUGAAAUGAAAGAAGAAUUAAGUCGUGCUUUUAGCCAAAUGUGUUGGCACCUUUAUAUUUAGGAGGAGUAACAUUGAUAAUUAUUUCAAGAAUCAUAAGUAGGAAAAACUUGGAAACCUUUUAGAGGAGUAAAUGUUUUACACACAAGGACAGGAUCUGCAUGUGCCUGUGUGGUUCUGGGUGUCUCGUGAAGAGCAUUCUAGGUGACUGGUCAAGGGAAGGAAGUGCCCUAGCGCAAUUCUUGAGCCACAUCCCUGCCACCAGUACCAUGACUGCCAUACCGAGAAAAGGCAGCAACCACCUGUUCAGCAGUUGGCGUACGUGUAAACAGAAGCUGCAGGAGGACCGGCAACAGCAAGAAAAAUCUGUCAUUGCUCAACCAAUAUUUGUUUUUGAAAAGGGAGAACAAACUUUUAAGAGACCUGCAGAAGACACCCUGUAUAAAACAGCAGAACUUGACUGUAGUGGUUUUUCAAGAAAGCGUGUACGGUCUUCAUCUUUUACUUUGCAUACGACAGAUUCUCAGCCCCAAGGAGUUCAAAUGUUGUCUCAGAAAUGUAUGAGAUCUUCAUUCUUCAUUGACAUUCCAACCUUUCCCCCUGCUGGCCAGGUAAUAAAGAUGAGGAAAAACAAUGUUUUUAUGAUAUCAACUCUUGUGCAAAGUAAUGGUGAUACCAACAGUACAGAACAAGGUCCUGUGAAACAUUCCGAACAUCUUCUCAGACCUGCUACCUUGCAGCCACCUCAAGCUCAAAGCUGUAAAAACUUAAGAAAAACAUUUGAACACACAGCAUCAGAAUCCUGCAUGACUAAAGAAAAAAUUAAAAAUAAAAUUUCUGAGGGGAAUUCCUGUUUGCUAAGUGAAAAAUUUCCAAGUACCAGCAUUUUAGUCCAGCUGUCUACUAGCCAGCAUUUUUUAGGUACAACAUCAGUAGGAUGUCAACCAAAUGAAGAUAAAUGUUCUUUUAAAAGCUGCACUCCCAAUUUUGUUUUUGGAGAAAACAUGAUAGAAAGAGUUCUGGGUACUCAAAAACUCACUCAGCCUCAAUUUGAAAAUGAUUCAUAUAUGCAGGAAAAACCAUUCAAAUCCACUCUGAAAUUUCCAAUCAACUCUUUAAAUUCAAGAACCGAUCCUAUUAAAAACAUGUCCCUAAUUGAAUCAGCUGCAGCUUUCUCUUCUCAUCCACCACAAAAAUGCUUGCUGGAGAAAAUUGAUGUUAUAACAGGGGAGGAAUCAGAACAUAAUGUGCUAAAGAUCAACUGCAAGCUUUUUAUAUUCAACAAAACAACACAAUCCUGGAUUGAAAGGGGCAGAGGAACAUUGAGACUGAAUGACAAAGCAAGCUGUGACUGUGGAACAUUACAGUCAAGACUAAUUAUGCGCAAUCAAGGCAGUCUGAGGCUGAUCCUCAACAGCAAACUCUGGGCUCAAAUGAAGAUUCAAAGGGCAAACCACAAAAAUUUACGAAUAACAGCUACUGACUUAGAAGACUAUAGCAUCAAAGUAUUUUUAAUCCAGGCCAGUGCCAAAGAUACAGGAUAUCUGUAUACAGCAAUACACCAUCGUCUUGUUGCCCUUCAAAGCUUCAAUAAGCAAAAAGAUGUCAAUCAAACUGAAAGCCAGCCAGAAACAGUUCAACAAUUAAACUGUGAUAGCUGUGAUGAGGAUGAGGAUGAUUUCAUCCAAGUCACUAAAAAUGGAUCAGAUCCUUCUAGGUGGACUCACAGACAGUCGGUUGCCUGUUCAUGAACACUAUCUACUAUAAACAUGACAACAUCUUCAAAAAGAUUGGUCAUCAUACAGAAAAUACUAAAUCAUUCUAACUAACUGAGAAGAUUCUAUGUAUUCCUUGAAGAGUUUUUAUAGAAAAGUUUAAGAAAAUACAAUUUGUCGCAAUUAACAUUUUUCUUUUAUGUUUCACAUUUCGAUUAUUGUGGGGAAAAAUGACAGAAUUUAAGAAAUAAAUGGACUUCAUUUAUCAUUUUUGAAGACUGAAGAAGCAGCUAAUUUAGAAUAGGAUAUGACAACUAAUUUGGACUCUUCAUCACAUUGAUGGAUAUAAUACUUAAAAUUAUAAAUUGCAAGAUUUGAUAACUAACAAAAAUGCUUAAUUUUUUCAAUCAUACAUUAUCUGGCCAUAGAAUAAAUAUUUUUAUUAAAUUUCCAGAGUAAUUUCUUUGAAAAAAAUACUGUAAUUGCAUGAUAACAUUUCAUUAAAUCAUGUUUAUCUUCUGGGAAAUGUAUAUUUUUCAUUUAGCCUUUGGAUUUCCUAAAACUGUAAGCUUAUAUAGUCACAGUAUGAAUUCCUUUAAAAAGCACAUCUGUUCUUGGACUUGUACCCAUUGUAUCUUGUAUAAUAUGCUUAACUCAUGGUUAGCAUCCAAUAGUUGUUCAAAGUAUAAUACAUUAACUAUGUAUUAAAAAGCAAGUAUAUACCAAAUAUAU